UCGCAACUUGGCAGCUACCUUUCGCUUCUCUCUCUCUCUCUCUCAUCUUGACCAUAAAACCCUAAUUCCUUUCACGUGCUCUUCCCCCCUUCUCUCUCUUUCUCUCCACAGUUGCACCGUCGUCACGCGAUCUGUACACCGGCGAAGGCGACUCUGCGUACGCGCGCGGCUCGCUCGCCUGAGCUCGGACCAGCUCAGUGAUGGAGGCUCCGUCGGGUCAAAGGCAGAGGCGCCUCGAGUUCGGCCUUGUUUCCGUCUCCGACCUCCCUCCUCCUGCUGCUUCCACCUCUUCGGCGGACUCGGCUCCGUCCUCGCCUGCCGUGGCUCGGUUUGGCGGCGGCGAUUCCGGCGUCGCCGAGCUUCGGUUUUACCGAGACAAUGGAGCGAGCGAUGUUGGCGGCGUUGAGCUCGCGGACGCUCAGAUUUUUAAGCUGGGCCCAGUUCAGUCAAUUUGCAUGUCCGAAGGCUCUGAAACCAAUAAAGAGAAGUCAUAUUCAAAAGGGUUUAAUAUUCAUUUUAAAACGGAAGAGGAGAGCGAGGCCUUCCACUGUACGUUUGAGCAAUUGAAGAAGGAAGGCAGUAUUAAAGGGACACGCUUACCAAAUGGAGUUCUUUCAACUUCUAAAUGCAAAUUUGAUGACAAGAUAGAGGCGUCUUCUGCCAAAAUGUAUUUUCAUUAUUAUGGACAGCUUCUGCAUCAGCAAAAUAUGCUACAGGAUUAUGUGAGGACAGGAACCUAUUAUGCUGCUGUCAUCGAGAACCGUGCAGAUUUCACUGGUCGAGUGGUUGUUGAUGUUGGCGCUGGUAGUGGUAUCCUGUCAUUAUUUGCUGCUCAGGCUGGGGCAAAACAUGUUUAUGCUGUGGAAGCAUCUGAAAUGGCUGAAUAUGCUCGCAAGCUUGUUGCUGGAAACCCGUCGCUCAGCCAGCGAAUUACGGUGAUUAAAGGCAAAGUUGAAGAAGUUGAAUUGCCGGAGAAAGCUGACAUUCUGAUUUCUGAGCCAAUGGGCACUUUGUUGGUAAACGAAAGAAUGCUGGAAUCUUACGUAAUUGCUAGAGACCGAUUUCUAGUUCCUGAUGGAAAGAUGUUUCCCACUGUUGGAAGGAUACACAUGGCCCCUUUCAGCGAUGAGUACUUGUUUGUUGAAAUUGCAAAUAAGGCUCUCUUUUGGCAACAACAGAGCUAUUAUGAUGUCAACUUGACACCCUUGUACGGAACUGCGUUUCAAGGCUACUUCUCUCAGCCUGUUGUAGAUGCCUUUGAUCCAAGGUUGUUGGUGGCUCCCCCAAUAUUUCAUGUAAUAGAUUUUACGAAAGUGAAGGAAGAAGAUUUAUAUGAGAUUGAUGUUCCAUUGAGAUUUAUAGCAGCUGUUGGUACCAGAGUGCAUGGGUUGGCCUGCUGGUUUGAUGUGCUAUUCAAUGGGAGUACUGUGCCAAGGUGGUUGACAACUGCUCCUGGAUCUCCAACAACUCAUUGGUACCAACUGCGCUGUGUUCUUUCUCAACCCCUCUAUGUCAUGGCUGGACAAGAGAUCACUGGUCGACUUCACCUGGUCGCACACAAAUCCCAGAGUUACACCAUAUAUUUGACAUUGUCAACUAAGAUGUGGGGCCCUGGGGCUGAACAAGGAGGAAUACUUCAAACAUCGUCUGGCAAACUUGAUUUAAAGGAACCUUACUAUAGAAUGUCUCAGCCCCAAGCUUACACGAUAGCACAAGAUCAGCAACCACAUCAGCUGCUUCAAUCACAGGAAUUAAACGUCCAAACACAGGACAUAGAAGAAACCGAUCUAUUGGAGCAACCAGCACAAAAUUCGGGUGCUCAUUUCAGUUAACAGCACCUUGUCUUCUAGGUGAUGAAUUGCACAUCAUGCGGUUAAGUUGGGCACUAUCGGUUUCUUCCAAUUUGCUAGCAGGGCAUUAGGCGUCCAUUCUUGAGAUUGCCGAAUAGCCCUAUGGCUGCCUUUGCCGGUCUUUUCCUCUUCCGGUUCAUUUGUAUUCCCCCCUAAGCCAUCCCAUGUGCCAAUUCCUUGUAAAUUCUGUGCAAUUCAUUUCACCGCCAGUGUGGUUGUGCUAUGUAAACGUGCGCAACUUCUACUGUGAUUCACUUAGCCAAUCGAUAAUAAACUUGGUUCAGUUAUGCUCGAAAUGGUUCGUAUUUAUUGCAAGUUCCAAGUAUUUUGCAUGGGUUUCAGUUGUGCUUGUUGAGAACAUUCUGUCGAGCUAUUUUGCAGAUUGUUGCUUCAUUCAGGUGACAAGUCCAUCUGCCUUUUUGUCUUUCAUAUAAAUAUAUAUUUACGUCAAGUGACAGGUCAGUAUGUUGCUCACGUAAUUUGGCAAGACCUAAUACAAAUCCUAUUUGUUUGCUGGUCGUGUUGGGUUGGUUGCAU